CUUCUGCAAGCACGAUGAGUACGGAACAUCCGGCAGCGAGUGAGCUGCUGGCGAAUGCUACCGCUGCCACGGCCGCCGCCGUCAGCAGCACGGCCAAGGCGAACAUUGCCGUGCGUAUGACGGAGGCCCCAGCCUCGGCCCUAGCGAUCGAUCCCAUUAUCAACCAUGUGGGUGACGGCAUUUUCCUUCAGGCCAAGACGGCCCAAAUCUUUGCCGGUAUCUGCGUCUGGAUGGCACUGUUCAUCACUUGUCAGCAGAUCUAUCAACAUCUUCGAUGGUACACGAACCCACAGGAACAACGAUGGAUCGUCCGAAUACUGUUCAUCGUGCCGAUCUACGCCACGUACUCCUGGGUCAGCUUACUGUUCUUCAACUCGGAAAGCGUCUAUGUAUACUUCUUUACCGUACGCGAUUGUUACGAAGCGUUCGUAAUCUACAACUUCCUGUCGCUGUGCUAUGAGUACCUGGGUGGCGAAGGCAACAUCAUGUCGGAGAUCCGUGGCAAACCGAUCAAAUCGUCCUGCCUGUACGGAACGUGUUGCCUGGCGGGCAAAACGUACACGAUCGGAUUCCUGCGAUUCUGCAAGCAGGCGACACUGCAGUUCUGUCUGGUCAAACCGUUGAUGGCGUUUAUUAUCAUCUUUCUGCAGGCAUUCAAUCACUACCACGAUGGUGACUGGAGUGCUGAUGGAGGCUACAUUUACAUCACCGUCAUCUACAACAUCUCGGUUUCGCUGGCACUGUACGGUCUGUACCUGUUCUACUUUGCCACCCGUGACCUACUGACGCCCUUCGAUCCCGUGUUGAAAUUCUGCACCGUAAAAUCCGUUAUCUUCCUGUCCUUCUGGCAAGGUGUCGGGUUGGCCAUUCUGGAAAAGGCGGAGGUCAUCUCACCGAUCGUCGAUGCCGGAGGUUCCACUACGUCCGCUGGUACGGUUUCCGCCGGUUAUCAGAACUUUUUCAUCUGUAUCGAAAUGUUGUUUGCUGCCAUCGCCCUGCGGUAUGCUUUCCCGUACCAGGUGUACGCCCAAAGCUGCAUGACCGAUGCACACGGCCGAUCUGUCACGAUGCAAUCAAUUUCAAGUAGCUUAAAGGAAACGAUGAACCCGAAAGAUAUUAUGACCGAUGCGAUACACAACUUCCAUCCGCAGUAUCAACAGUACACGCAGUACAGCUCAGGUGGUAAAAAUCCACGUGGCAUUCGCGUUUCCUCCUACGACCCGGACGAUCCAAGCCAUCAGCUAACCGGCAACGGACAGAACCACGGCGUGGGAAGUGGAGCAACGACGGGAUCAUACAACGGUAAUGGUGCCGGUACUGGUGGAGGUGGACAUGGCGGUAGUUACAUUGCGCCACCGACGCUUGGCAGUCAGCGAAAGUUUAUGCCCGGUGCCAGUGUCGUACCGCAGAAGGUAUCGACUAUCAGCCAAAAUUACAAUGAGAAAACGAUGCUGCUGUCCAGUGAUGACGAGUAUCAGUAA